AUGUCAAGCAGAACAUCCAAACUCAUUGUAUUACUACUACUCGUCACUGUGCUCGUCCUUGGACCAGUAGCAUGCGCGUCUGAAAAUUACACUUCUACUACGACCAGCUACGUUCCAACAAGAACCUAUAGUGGCUAUAGCCAGGCUACUCCGACUUACAAUCCUGGAUGCAUAUAUCCAGAAUAUAUCGGCUCUAUAAGAUAUCAACCACCCGAUUACGUUCCAGACGCACUCAAAGUUCCCAAUGGACAUAAAUUCAAGUUCUUGCUUUAUGCAUCUGGAUAUCAAAAUUAUCAAUGCAAGGGAGGAGCACAUGGACAGCCAGGCAAUUGGACAUUUGUUGGACCUGUCGCAAAUUUAAUAAACGACAUUUAUCACGGUUCGUUUGGAAAUGCUUGUAAUCAAGUUGUUUUUCACCAUUUAGAGAAAACCAAACGCGUUAGUGGAGUGGCAUGGAGUGGUAUAAUUCCGUCAGAUUAUUCUAUGGUUGUCGCCAAUGCAGUCAUGACUUACCCUUCUCCCGAUGGAGAAAACAAUAUUCCGUGGCUGUUGGCCAAAGCUAUUUACAACUCUGGUGAUGGUGUAUUCAGUGAUGUCACAUUUGUCUACCGCACCGAGACAUAUGGAGGCAAAGCCCCACCAAAUGAGAAAUGUGGUACCGAAUUUUCUGAUGGUUACAAGUACGCUAGCCCAUACGAGGCUCAGUAUUGGUAUUAUCAUAAGAUUGAGGGCAUUUAUUAG